UGACGUAGAUGGAAAGGCAUGGUUGCUGUUUGUUUGAGUUGAAACCAGGGGCUGGAAGGCUGUGUGUGUGUAGCUGAACGGUAGACUGUCACUGGACUGUUCCCUUGUAUGGCAUUCUUGCUUGGUCAUGGCAAAGUGGAGUGUGAAUGUGCGCCAGGCUGUGGCCGUACCAGAAAACAUAAAAGGGUUUCAAGAAAAAGGAAAAAAGGAACGACACAAGCUGAAGGAAACCCUGGCAUCCCAUCUUUCAGAGGAUCUGCACAGGCUCUUCAAAGAGGAAUUGCAGGCAGAUGUCACAUUCCAGGUUGGGUCAGAGGUCUUCCGAGCACACCGAGCUGUGCUGCUGGCCAGAGUGCCAGAGUUCUUCCACCAGGUUGUUGAUCGAGCGACAAAUGAAUGUGGUGACAUUUCUCAACUAAUCCACAUAAAAGCCAUUCAGCCUUCAGAGUUUAAACACUUUUUACAGCUGAUUUAUACGGCAGACGGAAAAGUGAACAGUGUGGGUCUAAAGGUAGCAGGAGAGGAAAAAGAGGCUGCUGUAAUAAAGAAAGACAAGAUGAUUGCAUCCAGCAGUGAGAGCAGCGAGGCCACUGAAACAUUCAAUAUGAAAUAUCCCCAAGGAGCAAACCAUCCAUCUGGUCAGCCAUGUAAAGGAACUGCCGAGGCUCCAGCAGAGCAGGCUUUGGGCAUUCUUAAAGAGGAUCUCUUUGAGGGUUCAGGUGGGAACCACAGCAGAUUAAUUCCAUCAGACUCAGUUACCGUGGCACCUGCCUCUGUGCUUGGAGCAGAUUUGCUUUCAUUGUAUAAGGGUGGUUGCUUCUCGGAUAUUAGCAUUCACAUUGGGAGUACAGUUUUUAAAGCCCACAGGGCCAUUCUUUGUGCUCGCUCCAGCUAUUUCGCUGCUAUGCUGAGUGGAAGCUGGUCAGAAAGCUCCCAGGAGCACAUCACAUUGCAGGGAGUCGACCAUGCAGAAAUGGCUGUCAUGCUGCAUUUCAUUUAUGGAGCUGUUGUUGACCUUCCAGAAGGAGCGGAUGUGUGCCAGGUGCUGUCGGUAGCAGACAUGUAUGGAUUGGAAGACCUGAAGGAAGUAGUGGUGUUUGUUCUGAAGAGAGAUUACUGCAGGUUUUUCCAGAAGCCAGUAGUUGGUGUGCAGCAGUCUGUUUUGGAGUGCCUAUCUAUAGCCCAUUCCUUGGGGCUUGAAAGUCUCUAUGCAUCUUGCGCCAGGUGGGUUGCAAAAUAUUUCAUGAAAUGCUGGUCUGGAAGAAACUUUGCAUUCCUGUCAGCUGAAAUGCAGAGGGCGUGUCUAACUGCUCUCACACAGUCCAUGAACCAGGACAAUGUGGUUGCCAUGCUGAUGGAAAGUGACCAGCUGAUCAGCAGCCUGCCUGGAGUGAAGUGGGCAGAGCGAGCUUCGUGUUUGGCGACAGAGCUGCAGGAAGAAUGCAUAUCCUACAUCGUGGAGCAUUUCUCUGAGAUAAUACUCGGUGAUGGCUUCCGUCAUCUUCUACAGGUACAAGGAAUGAGCAGCAAACCGUAUUUGCUGGAGAAGAUAUUUUUGGCCAUUGAGAACGGUGUCACUAUGGAUAACUGCUGCUCCCACUUCAUUACUGUGGACACCCUGAAGAGAGCACAGCUUAUGGAUGAGAUGGGUUUUGCGUGUGUAAUCCAGGCUCUGCAUGAGAAGCUGUGGACGUUUCUAGUUCAGUCUUUCUAUGCUGUUCGUCACACAGAGGGAUGGAAUUUGAUGAAAACACAGCACAGGGAGCAAGUUCAAGCAGUCACAAACACUGCUCUUAAAUCUCAUGUACUUGAUGGAGAUCAGAGGCUACUUGUAUUCAUGGUAGCGCUAAAUUCUGCGUUUGACAAGGGUGACAAUAGAAGACUUGGCAAAAAACCAACAUUCAGUAGUUCACAGCAGCAUAUAAAAUGUCCUCGGGUUCAUCUAAUUACAUCUGAAAAUCCAAAGCAAAGCCCCCAGGUGGGGAGGAACGCACGAACACCCCAGAGUCUCUUAUCGAACAAGCCAGAGAAAAUGAAGUCUGAUGGGUUAGGAGCAGCUGGAUACACUGCAGCUGCUGGCAGGGUUACCUCUAACAAGGCUACAAAAACGAAUCUUUCCAAGGGAAAUGACAGCAGUAAACCGGCUAAGGAUGACAAACCCACCGACAAGAGCUUACCUGCAAAAACAAAGGCGGCAGCAAAGGCACAGCCUAAAAACAAUGGCAGUGCAAAAGCAGAAGGCUCUGCCGGCAGCAGAGAUAAUACUCCCCCUUUGUCUGCAAAUGGACCGAGAAAUGUGCCAAGUGGGAAAGGAAUCAAGGAUCAGGAUAGAAAAAUAAAUCUGGGUGCCAGGCCCAAAGCUCCUGCCAGCGGCGCUGCUGGUCAGACUAAAUCAGCCAAGCCUGCAAAGACGUCUGUGGGAAAGGAGCCCCUGCUGGCACACAAAGAAACAAGCCCCCCCAGCAAGCCUGAACCCUUGAGUGCAGGGGCAUGCUCACAGGCUGCUGGAAGUGGUGCCCAUCACCGGAAGGAGAAGACAGCUGGGGAAGGAGACAGUAGUGACAUAACAUCAGGGAGUGCUUCCCCGCAGAACAGCUCCAGCAGCCCAAGAGAUUCAACCACAGGCACAAGACCAAAGAGUGCUGUGAAGACAGCCAGCAGGACCUCUGUCCCGAAGACGGUUGAUUCCACUAAAACAAACAGUGCGGCAAGCAAAACGACAUUAAAAGACAGCAGCAAAAUAAAACAACCAGCCCUUUCAAAUAAAACAGCCACUGAGAGGAGUGUGAAGAGCACCCCAGCAGCUUCUGGGGAAAAUCAUGGACCAAAAUCUGUGGCAGCAAGUGCAAGAAAGCCUGUCUCGCCGAGAAAAGAUGAGAUCAAGCAAGCUGCAAAAGUCUUGACGCCAAACAAAGCACCUAGUGAAGCUCCAUUGGAAUCUACAAAGAAAAAGACAUUUAAACAGUUGAGUGCAGCAAGCACCGAGUUAAAAAACAAUUCCAGACCAGCAAAGGUUGCUGCUGGAAGUUCAAAGCAUACAGUCGCUGGAAGCAAGAGUGUACCAAAGCAAAAAAGUACCUCUGAACAGCCAGCAGUAAAGCUGACAUCUAAAUCAUUAGGAUCAGAAAAACAAGCUCUUUCUGGUCUGAAGAAACCUGCAUCAAAAACCAAGGAAACUUCUAAUGAAAAAAGUUGUACUUCAAAAAGUGCCGGGCCCAAGCAAAACACUCCGGCAGCUGUCAAAGAUGAAACUUCAGGAGGCAGUCACUUGGUGACAGCUCUCUGCACUGAGGAGCUCAACUGCUCUCAGCAAUCGGAAUCUACUGGUGGUGCACAACAGAAAAUGGAACAGUCCGUUGCAGCUUCAGCUUCAUGCCAGCAACCUGAGAGAGUCAGAUCUCAUCAAAGCUUAGAAAACAAUCUACAUAAUUCUGAAUGUGUAGCUCCACUAAUGGAUAAGGAAGAUUUUUGUAUUCCCAGGAAGAGCAAAAAUGAAGCAUCAGUAGCAUUACUGCAUGACAAAGAGGAUUCCAACGAUGCAGCAUUUAAACACACAGGGGACUCAAGCCAGAUAUGCUCAGUUUUACCUAAGGAGAGUGUGAAUCUUGGUAAUCAGCUUCAGGGUAAACAUGCACUACAACCAUCACCUCCAGCAAAGUCAGAUACUGCUAUAGCUCAUGAGACUAUGGUACCGAAUGAAACCAAAAACCUUGCAAGGGUAAUUUUAGAAGAUUUUACUGGUGCGUGUAAAACCACCGAACAGUCAACCAGAGUUACUAAUGUUAACCUUUCUACAACAGAGCGUGUAGCGUCAUCCAGAUUCUGUACCAGUCAAAUACAUCCAUUAUCACUGAAUUCUCCCAAGGAUAUGGAUACUGUGGAAACCCCAGAGAGUCACGAGGACUCCGAAAUGCCUCAAGAAGACCCGUGGAGUACACUUCAUCAGAGAGGCAGCCCCGAGUCUGACACUGGGAGUACCACCACCUCUUCCGAUGAUAUAAAACCCAGGUCUGAAGAUUAUGAUGCUGGAGGAUCCCAGGAUGACGACGGUUCCAACGAAAGAGGGAUUUCAAAAUGCAGCACGAUGUUGUGCCAUGACUUCCUUGGAAGAAGCAGCAGCGACACCAGCACUCCAGAGGAGCUGAAGAUGUAUGAUACUGGCUUGAGAAUAGAGGUAAAACUUAAAGAUAAGAAGCCAUCUGCAGAACCCUUUCACAUACGCUCAAUGAAGGAUGACGACGAGGGCAGGAAGAGGACACAGGCGUGGGCUCACCAGGAGGAGGUACUCAUGGAGGACGAGCCCUGUGAAGAGGAGACAACCGUCGCUGUCAUGAACGAUCCCGAGCAGCAGCAGUCCUCCUCGGAACAAGAAACUGAGGACGAGAGAUCAGAGGCUGAAAUCCCACAGGAAAUCCUUGCUCCGCAAGACCCAUCCCCUCACCACUUUCAGGGCAUUGUCAACCUGGCAUUUGAGGAUAUCGCUGAACAAGAGAACGAGGUCCCGGAGUUACAGUCUGCUUCGAGUUUCAGGCGUUCUGUACUGCUGUCAGUGGACGAAUGCGAGGAGAUGGGAUCUGAAGAGGGCGGAGGACAGACCCCACCUCGCCACCCUGCAGACUCCCUCACUCCUUCAGAAGUGUUUGAGGGGGCUGCCCGUGAUCGUUCUGAGCAACGGGGUAAAUCCUUCUACUCUAGCUACCCCCUGGAAAUGGAAGAAGGUUACUUGGAUGGGGAUAAAGAGAAAGAUAAUGAACUAGUUAAAAAGGGCAACUGUCAGUCUGGCCCUAGUGAUAAUCCUCGUGGAGGUAAACCACAGGUUGACAUUGCAAAAUUUGAACAGAAAAGUGAAAGCCCUGUCCCUCUUACUGAGAAUGAAACAGGAAAGCCCCCGGUCCUGAUAAAAGCUAAUAAACUGCAUGACACCCCUAGUGAUCCCCCAGCACCAGUGAGUGACAUUAGACCUCAAGAAAGACCUUGCCACUUGGAUCUACACCAGAUUGAGAAAUACCGUGAUAGUGGACUGUGGAAAAACUCUGCAGAAGCCGUGGACUGUAAGAAAACUGAGUUGCGUCUUAACUUGCAAGAACAACAUGUGAAAGGGAGUUCUUUGGUAUCAACUGAACAGAAUGCUUCCACUUUAUCAGCAGGAGACUUAGAUGAUUGUGACAGAUUGGAACAAACCUGCACUUUUGACUGCCGACCUUCAAAAUCCCUUUCUCCGAUAUUCGAGAUGGACGUUGGGGAAGCCUUUGAACAGAGCGCGGCCGUGGAAACGUGCAUCGUGGACACACAAGGGGACGAAGACAAUCACUUUGCAGAAAGGGACUGGACGCUGCUUAGGCAGCUGCUUUCCGAUCAGGACUCCAGUUUAGGUAUUGUAAACCAUGUUUCAGAGGACCUGAACCUUGCCCAGUAUCUCAUAACCCAGACACUUGUCCUGUCCUGUGACAGUCUGAACUCUCAGUGUAAACUGCCUGUGGAUAAGGAUACCUUCAAGAAGUGGGCCGAACUAAUGUCCCCGUUGGAGGAGUCCACAGCCAGUAUCACAGUCACCAGUUUUUCACCGGAAGAUUCAGCCUCCCCCCAGGGAGAGUGGACAAUCGUGGAACUUGAAACACAUCAUUAACUCUAUAUAAAAAAAAAAACAGGUCUGGAUUUACUGCUUCGUGCUGUGCUUUACUGAGAGCUUUGCAGCUUUGAUAACCACCUUGGAAUACGUAACAGGAAGCCACUUUGACUUAGGCAGCAUUUUAUUUCAACAGUGGGCUUUAUGCUGUAAUAGCAGUUGUAUCAGGCACAUUUCCCACUGUUUUGUCAGUUCAUAUUUGAGGUACUUAAAUUGUUACAAAAAAAAAAGCUGUUUAGAGUGUUAAUAUUUUUGUAUAUUUAAUGUAUAUUUGAUGUUGCUUAAACAUUCAUUCAUAGAAAUUUUUUCUCAUGUGUCUGUCUUGAUGGUGUUUUACCAAAAAGUAGAAAACAUGUUAAGUUCACUGGUUUACAUUUAGUGUUGUAAGAUUCAAUAAAAUAAUGUAUGUGGUGCAGAGUAAAGUGCCAAAGAAGUGAUUUGCAUGCCUUGCACUAUUUACAGCCGGAAGGCCUGCGUUCUCUUUGUUUUUCAUAGUUUAAACUGACAUCAUUAAUAAGGGCAUUAGGGAAACAGCGCACCAUUAUUGGCACAUUUUUUUGUAAAUUGUAAUUCACAGCAUUACAUAAAUGUAUAAUUGUAUUCAUUUGCUUCACUGAACAGUCUUAUUGGCAGUAAGAAAAAAAAAGUCGAUGUGGUUUUUUUUCUGUUCUGUUUUAGAAGUACUCUUCAGCAUGCAGGGUAAUUGAUUCUGGUAUAUAAUGCACUGGCCUACCUACACCCUGAACAGAGAGUCCUCUUCUCAUCAAACACAUGCAAAUUAUUUUAAUGAGAAAGGUAAAAUGUAUGAGUUUAGUAGGAAUGGUGUACAAUUCAGUGCUGCAUUAAGAGACAGUUUAGUGAAGGGGUUGAAGUGGUAUUGUGUUGGAUGUUGCACCAGUCUCAGUCACUGCAGAAACAUGUUUGUUUUUUUCUUUUGGUUUGGGGGGGUAUUAUAAUUGUCACGGUUCAGGUUUUGAUAUUGCAGAAUGCAGUGCAUCAUGGGAUGCAAAUUGUGUUGCAAGGAAACAAGCGCACACAAUAGACUUAAAAAAACAAAACAACACCACUAUCAUUGAAUUUACUUUGUGAAUAGGGCCCUAGUGUAUGCAGGUAUCUUCAGCGAUUUUCAGAGAUGAAAUGAUUUCAGAGAUAAAGGGUUACAAGCAGUGCUCAAAAGAUCUUAAUUAAACAUUCAAUUAAAAUGCCAGUGAAUAAGGCCACCCAACCCUUGUUUAAACUGGAAAGAACAGUGAACAAACACAGUAACGUCCUGCUGCAGUGAAGAUUUCCUCCAGCUACUUUGGAGGGUCAAUCCUUUCUGCACAAAAAGGUAAGAAACGAUUAUUGUCUUCAACUGUUAACAAAGCCUGCAUGUUCAGGGGAUUAAAACGCACCACCUUAUUCCAAAUGAAGCAUAAAUGUGAAGAGAAAGCAAGUCCUGAUCUCCGAUGUCAAGUAUUGAAGUUCUGUUUCUUUGCUUAACCCCGGAACUGGAGGUAGUUCAUUGCACGUAAUUGUGUACAUUAUAAAAAAAAAAAUGGUGUCAAUGUAAGUUACUGUUGUUUUCACAGUCCACAAAGAACCAUACGUUUUAAGAAAGGCAGUAUCUUCCUGUAAUAAUGUAGAUUUUUGUAGGCAAUGUUUGUAUUACUUGUGUUACAAUGUUACUGCUUUACUUGUUUUUCACAAAUAAAAAUAUAAAUAAAUAAAUAAAAACCAGUUCCAAACAAAGCUGUAUUUU